ACUACCAUGCGCGUUUUGUAAUAUUAUAACAGUGCGCUUUGUUUUGAUUAUAGAUAACGCUGCCAUUAAAGCAAAAAGAAAGCGAGGGAGACCUGCGUCCUCUGGCAGUGGGCAGAGAUCUAAACAGCGGCCGUAAAGAACACCCAGAAGCGAGUGGAUCCGCGAGGAAGAGAAACGAUCAUUACGAAGAGAUUGAUGCGACUUUGGGAGAGAUGGGGAAGACUUUGAAUAACAACAAUAAGACUUUAAACACUCAGAACAACACUGACGUAAAAUUCAGAGACGCACACAAGCUCCUGGCGGAUCCUAGAGCCAAUGCCACCACAGGACCCUUCGCGUCUCUGAAUCUACGACGCCACUGGCACCUGCGGAAAGGGUGCCAAGUACGGAAUGCGGAGCCGUGGUAUAGGAUGGACUAUACACUAUGGUCACAGGUCUUGGACGUCUGUGUUCCUCCCAAGUGUGGUUCAUCCUCCUGGCGCAGACUGCUUCCAGAACUUUCCUCUAAGUGGUCAGCAGGUCAGCGGAGAGUCAGCAUUGUCAGCGUGAGACAUCCCUUAUCUCGCCUCGUAUCUGCAUAUAGGGACAAGUAUCUAGACGGCGCUCCGAUCUCGGUCUACGACUCGGAGUGGAGAUCGGCCACGAGCAGCGGGCAGACGUGGGAGACCCGCUGGGGUCUCUUCUGGCUUCCCGCACUCGUGUCCAGAGGCGACAUCAAACCCUCUCUUUGGUUAUCAGAAAGAUUCGAGAGGAUGAAGAACGUGUCCAACCCGUGCAAGCUAUCUCUGCUCUUCAACACCGGCAGCCUAAAAGAAGCACUGGUCCCUUAUAAAGAAAAUGAACGUUAUAAAAUUCAUUUCUACAACUCCUCCUUCAGCUUUCCAGACUUCCUUCACCACGUUCUAUGGUCUCGAGACCACGGGAUCCUCGACCGACACUGGACGCCCCAGACCUGCAUAUGCAACCCAUGUGGGGAAAAAUACGAUUACAUCUUACACAUGGAGAACAUAAGCCAGGAAGCCAGACACGUGUUUGAUGACUUAGGGAUGGACCCGACCGUAAACAUUGGGAGUUUCCACACUACCUCAACAAGUCUUCGGGUUUCUGACGAAGCCUACUUUGGCAGUGUUGCAAAAGAAACUAUGGCCGAAAUACGACAAUUGUUCAGACAGGAUUUUGAUCUUUUUGGAUAUACGUAA